CAAAAGACCUUGUUUGGUCAUCUCUUUCAAAACAAUGUUGACCCUCGGACUGACCAUCACGUGUAUGCUGUGGCAGGGUAUUGCCACACAAACUCUGUUGGAAGUUGCUACGUCACUAAAUGCAAGCCUAUUUGUUAAGUAUGUGCAAGACAGUGGUUUGGCGCCAGCUUUCACUAAAAAUGGUCAGUUUACGUUAUUCAUUCCAACUGAUGACGCAUUUAAUGCUUUGCCUUCCGAUGUUAAAAUGCAGCUUACGAAAGAACCCGAACUUUUACGGAAAGUGUUGAUGUUUCACGGAGUUGACGGAAUCAAGUAUUCGUCAAUGCUCUCCGAUGAACUUGAAGUUGAAUCAUUAGUUAUGGACGCCAAAAUAAGGAUCAACAUUUACAACAAUCCAAAACCGAUUGUAUUAGCCUCCGGAAGUGAAGUCAUUCGAACGGAUAUAAAUGCAACCAAUGGCGUCAUUCACCUAUUGUCACGUGUCAUGUAUCCUUUGCCAACAGCGGAUGCUGUCCAAUUUAUGGCACAGAACAAUCAACUUGGAACGCUUCUGUAUUCUGUUGCCAUGACACCGCUUAGAGGGAUUCUUCAAGCUGGUGGACCUUUUACAAUAUUUGCUCCAAACAACGAUGCUUUUAAUAAACUUCCGGUCGGAUACUGGAGUGACCUGUUUAAUCAAAAUUAUACAGCAUAUGUUGACAUGUUGAAGUAUCACGUGGUUCAAGGAACUAUUUACAGUGAAGGACUUAAAAGUGGUCCUUUAACUUCUUACACCAGACAGACGCUGCACGUGCAUGUAAACCAUAAUGGGGUAAUGAUCAACAACGGAACGGUGGUUCAGGCAGAUCAGACAAUAAAGAAUGGAGUCAUUCACAUAGUAGACAGAGUUCUUAUUCCAGGACCUUAAUUAUUUAGUCAUUUUUUUUACUUAUCCACUUUGUUAAGUUUUAUAAUAAAUACUGUUAUU